CUUGAUGAGAAGAGUGAUAAUGAUGUUGAGGUGACGUGGGAGGAUCAGCAACGGAUCAACAAGUUCAGCCGGCUCCACGCCAUCUACUCGGACCUGGAAGACGAAAUUAAAGCGCGACGCACGGAACGCGAAGACCUGGAGGAUUUGUCGUUGGAGCUGGAGUUGAGGGAAGACGAGAUGAUUUUCAUGACCCAGAGCGAAGCCAUGGCCCAGCUCGAAACGGAUACCCAGCGUGCCGAACAAGAGUUGACGCAUCUACAAGAUCGUAUGGACGAGUGUGAAAAGGGCAUGAAGGAGCUUAAAGUGCUCUUGUACGCACGCUUCGGCAACAACAUCACGUGUCCCUACAUGGAAUGCUGA